AUGCUGACUCAACCAAAUACUCAAUUUGCUUCAUCAUCGACAGGGCCAAAGCUGGUCAUCGCUAAUGAGGAACAGCAGCAACAAUUACAAUCACCAACUCAAGCACAACAAUCUUUGACAAAUACACAAAACCACCAUCACCAUCACCAUCAUCACCACCACAAACAUCCACAUCCACAUGCACACCAUCAUCAUCAUAUAAUCAACAACCCUAACCAUCACCACCAUCACCAUCAUCCUCAGCAUAGUAACCACGCACUGAGUCAAAAUACUCUAAAAAAUAAUGAACAACAGGUGCAAUUUACGAAUGAUGGAUCUGGAAACAGGCCCCAAGUCACAACAGUUCAGACUUCACUAAAGAAACGAAGUAAGCCACAACUAAACCUUGAACCAAUUGAAUCAAUAGUUGAUGAAUUUUUCCCGGAAAGACGAUUCAUUGGCACAAUUGUGUACAAUCCUACAACAACAUGGGAGACACUACAAACUCGGACUCUUUAUGGAUUGAAGCCAUCACUAAUUUCACGAUUUGAUGAAAUUAGACAAGGAUAUAGACAACAAGUUAAACUUAAUAAUUUAUCUACACGAUAUAUUCCAAUUAUACCGCCCUUACCACAAGAAUAUAUCAAUAGUAUAAUUGAGAUCAAGAUACCAUUUCGGUACAUUGUUGAGUUCAAACAAGAUUUGAAUAACGAAAUUGUUAGUAGAGAACUAUGGGGUGGAGCAAGUGGCGUCUACACUGAUGAUUCUGAUAUAUUGCAAGUAUUAUUGCAUAUGGGGUUAUUCGAUAAUUCUAUCGAUUUGAGCGUCUGGAAUAAGAUGUGGGAAAAGGAGGACCUCUUAAGGCCGAUGAAUAUAUUUAAUCAAUCACAAAAUAGAUCAUCAAAGAGCAGAAAAGAAGAAGAGGAGACAAAAGGUGGUGAAAAUGAGGAUGCGGCUUCUGCUGGUGAAGCUCAACAAGAACAACAAUUGAAAAUGACUGCCUCCCAACCAGUUGCUAACAUCCAAUCAGUUGAUAAAAACAUAUUUGGUGAUUUAUCAGUUCAAAUCCUUCUUCUUCCUGCAUUACCUUCAUACCAUGGAUUUUAUGCUAAUGGAAUCAAUUCCCGUUCGUGGAACUUAGCCCAAUCAACAAAUACUCAACACUCGGGAUUAAGUUAUGCUGUAUAUAAUGUCAAGUGGGAAGAAAGAGAUUGUUAUUUACAAGAUAAAAAUUUAAUGCGUGCAGUUGAGGUUGAAAAUGAAAUUGAUUAUGAAUUGAAUCAUGAAAUAAUGAGGGAAAAAGGUGGAUGGAACUUUGAUUAUGAUGCCUAUAAGAAAAUUAAAAGUUACACGAGGAGAUAA